AUCCUCCGUGUUGUCCAGACCACGUCCCACGUUCUCCAAAGUCGUUUCGCCCGCUUUUGUCGGUAUCUCGUGAUACCGGUACCGGUCCAAUCGCGUUCUCGCGAUCAUCUCGUUAAGAGUCGCAAAAAGUGGUCGGUCCGAGUUCACCUCCGUCAAGUAGGAAAUAACUUGGGGUAAAUUCACGACCGGAGCUGAACAGGAAGCAUCCCGCGCAGUUUCCAAAGUCAUCGGCUUCAAUCGGAGUUGAGUAAAGAGCCGUAAUUUAGGAAAUCGAGCUGAAGACAACUUGAACAGAUUUUACGAGUAGAAGACGGAUCAAGAUUAAAUAAAGAGUUAACCCGAUAAGUUCACGAAUUGCGGUCGAGUGGAAGGCAACUCAACAAGUAGCCACUGUUCAAUGUUAUCAAUCAACAUGCGCGUAUUCAAGACUGUGUUGCUUAUCGCGUUCUUCGGCGCAAGCGUUCAGUGUUUACCUGUCACUGACAGCAAGCCGACCGAGUCCAAGAUCGAGUCUCAGACUGAGUCCAAGAUAGAAUCUCAGACCGAUUCCAAGAUCGAGUCCCAGACCGAGUCCAAGAUCGAGAUCACUUCAGUGAUACCGCAGGAGACAGCUGUAACAUCCACAGUCCCGCCAAUACCCGCAUAUUCUGAUGCAGUCGAUUAUUACGACCAGCGGCAGAAUGGUAGCGAGAAUUACCGUGUUCACGUGGAUGGUUUUGCUUUGGUAAUUGUACCGAUGGAGGCACUGCUCCUGGCUGGCGCAGCUAGUGGUACCUCGGAGCCUAAUAUAUCCCUCGCCAGCCUGGGUUUAUCCCCGAACCUGGGCAUAUCCCAGUCCAUCGACGAACCGGACAAAUCCACCAUUGACAUUAGCCACAAUAAAACUGAUCCGGCGCUCUCGAAGACAAUACACAAACAACCAGCUGUACGGUUGGCGAAUUUCUUGGCGCCUUUGAUACGUAGCAUACGUCAUGUGCGAAACAUGAACGUACACUAAAACGACUCCCCGAUGCUCACAAUUCCAAUACGCAUAUAAUGUUUCGCCAGCAUAUAUUAAGAAAACGGUAUUUUCCUUUUCUUUCAACACAAUAUGCGCAUUCUGCGUUUCACAAAUUACAAUCAUUUAAAAUGAGAUGUUUAAAAAGAACCAUGCUCUCUCCAUAGGUAUAGGAUAUCUGCAUCUACAGGGAUGAUGGAUGAGUACUCGUAGAAUAUAACGUGUAUGGUUGAUGACCAAUUCGAUGUCGUACCACGCAUUUAUAUGGUGUCUAGAUAGCAAUAAAGGGACGCGUUAAUAUUAGCGUUAUCCAGCGCAUUUCUCUGUAACUUAAAAGAUGGCUUUUAAAAAAUACAUAAAAUUACAGAAAUGAUGAUUUCACUGGCCUUAUUCGUACAAUGUAACAGGCAAUUAUGUUUCAGUAUAUAUCCACAUAUGUAUUUACAUGUUAAGCGGGCUAAAUGCAAUAUUUGCUUUGUCGUUAGCCACAAUUAUAUUUUGAUUUAGUGUCACAGCACACAAUACAAUUAUUAUUCAUAUGUUUAUAAACCAAUCGUAAAUGUCAAUCUCGCGAUUUCUUAUAUUGAAUAUAUAUUUUAUAUUGAUUAUUUGCGAAUUUUUCAUGUGCAUUACGUAUAAUCUUUAAUUUUUAUAUGUAAAGUUAAAUGUAUAAUAUAAUAUAAUAAAUUUAUAUGCAUCUGUGUCUCUCAAUAUAUGAAAAUUUAUUGGAUUAAACAUUAAAAUACAUAUGUGUUAUCGUUUGGUGUAUCAUCACAAUGUUCCUAUGUUUAAAACUAUGUUCAAGCAAAGCUUCAUUUUGAUAGAGGAAACUUUGUCUACACGUUUAUAAUAAAUCUCAACUUUGGUUUCACUGAGCAAGAAGUUAUUAUAAAUCUCAGACAACAAAACCUACAGAUAUUAAUGUAUAUACAUUCGCAAAAAAAUAAAUUACACACACAAACAUACAAA